UUGUACCUACCCCGGCAGACGCAGCACGUUUCUCCCAGCUGAGCGUUUUUGAUCGAUUUGGAGGAUCAUCUUUCCUCUGAGGGAGUACACAGACAGCAUGCAGACAGAAUAACCCCGUAACCCUCCUGUAAACCUCCUUCAUUACCUGACUUCACCAUGGCUUCUGUUACAGUUGGAGAAAAUCAGCUCCAGAGGAUAAUCAGAGACCUGCAUGAUGCAGUUGCUGAGUUGAGUAAAGAGCAUGCAGAGAGUGGGGAACCAAUCACAGACGACUGCUCCAGUCUCCACAAGUUCUCCUCUAAACUGGAGUACUUACUGCAAUUUGACCAGAAAGAGAAGACCACCUUCCUGGGCAGCAGAAAAGACUACUGGGACUAUUUCUGCGACUGUCUGGCCAAGAUAAAGGGGGCUAAUGACGGGAUCCGCUUUGUUAAGUCUAUCCCUGAGCUGAAGACGUCACUGGGGAAAGGUCGGGCCUUCGUCCGCUACUGCCUGGUGCACCAGAGACUGGCCGACACUCUUCAGCAAUGCCUUAUGAACCAGAAAGUCACCUGUGACUGGUACUACGCCCGGAGCCCCUUCCUGAAGUCCCACCUCAACGCUGACAUCAUCAAUCACCUGUAUGAGCUGAAUGAGAUCCAGUUUGACGUGGCGUCCAGAGGAUAUGAUCUAGACUCGGAGUGGCCCACAUUCGCCAGGAGAACUCUCGGGUCAGCAGUAUCUGUCCAUGGGUGGAGACCGCCUAGCCGUUGCUCCAGUGUGAACAGCCUGGUCAGCAGCUACUCGCAGCAAGCCCAAGAUUUCCUCCCAGGCCAAGACUUUGGCACCAGUUUGCUUGGCGAUCUAGGAGAACUUGGAGAACUCUCAUGUAGUGCCACAGAGGACCUACGUAUUGAACUUGACCAAUCAGAGCUACGGCAGCAGCAGCUUCUGGAACAGGUGCGCCUGCUCACUGACCAAUCUGCGGAGUUAAGGCAGGAGGUCAGUGAUCUCCAGCAGAAGCUAUUUGCUGCUGAGAGUGCCAAUCAGGAGCCUUUAAAGAAGAGUGACCAGGCAGAGAAGGCUAACGGGCAGUGGCCUGAAGAUCUUGACCCCAAACCACAGGGAACUUCUAGACACCUUGAGGAACGACUGAGCAUCGCAGAGAACAAGAACAUGGAGCUGCUUGCCAAGCUAGAUGGUGCUCUGAGCGAAAAAGGCCAGCAGGUUGCCAACUACUGUGAUUCGGCCUGGAAGAUCCAGGAGCUGCUGAGCAAGCUGAAAGAGGUGGAAGUGGAGAGGCUGGAAGCCAAGCGUGAGAGCGAGGAUCGGGGAAGAAAGGCAGAGAGAUUGGUCCAAGAGCUCAAGGCUCGGGAAGAGAAGCUUAAGGAGAGUGAGGAGAAACUUGGCAAGCUUAGAGCAUCCACGGAAGAUGACAAAAUCGCGGCGGUUCAACAAGCUGAUGAGCUCCGUACGGUUGUCAAUCGCCUCCAGGGGGCGCUGUCUGUGAAAGAACGGGAAGCAGGGAACUUGAACACCCAGUUGCAGGACUUGCAGAGCUUGCUAGAGACAAGGGAGCAACAGGUAGAGGAGAUGAAGAAGGAACAUGAGGAUCUGCAACAGAAGAACACUGGUCUGAAGGAGUCCCUAGAUGUUCAGAUUGUGUCACUGCAAGAGCAGAUUAAAGCAAAAAAGACCGAACUCUCUGCCAGCACUCAGAAGGUCCAGCAACUUGAAAACCAAAGCCGCAAACUGUCCGGACUCUCUCAAAAGCUGGAAUGCCAGAGCAAAAAGCUGGACGAGUACAAGACCCAGUGCACGAAUCUCAUGGAAAUCAAUGCCAAGUUGCUUCAAACGGUCAAGAGGACUGAGGAGAGCAGCCGGGAACUUGCCCAGAGCAGAGCAGCCAUGGAGAACGAAUUGGCCGCUCUAAAAGCCUCUGAGAAGCAGCUCAAAUCCAAGCUGGAUUUGUCUGGACUUGAAGUGGAGGAACGGGAGAAAAGCCUCCUGGAAGAAAACCAGCGACUCGAGGAAAGCAUCCAGCAAGCCAGAAUCGAGAGUAGUGCCAAGGACCUAGAGAUGCAGAAGUUGGAAAAGGAACUUAAGGAGCUUCAUGCUGCUGUGAAAGAGAAAUCUGAAGGAUUUGAUACAAGACCUGAGGAGGCUAUCGUUAAAAAGGAAGAACAGAAUCAAGACCUCUACCUAAGCAAGACCUUCGAGACUGGGCAAGCAGCUUCUAGGAUUGCUCUAGUCGAAGCCCAGCUGGACCUGAACAUGAAGGAGGUCUCCAGACUCCAAGAGGAGGUGGUGGAACUCCGUGCCCAGGUUCAAGUGACCGCCGAUGAGAAGAUGAAGCUUCAGGCACUGCAGGAAGUUACCGAAUCCUCUAGGGAAGAUCUCCGUGCCCAGGCUGAGCAACUCAAGGCUCAAGUGGAGGAGCUGAACCGCCAGCACGUCGAGGAGCUCCUCCGCUGCCGGGAAAGAGAGGAGGCACUGGCGAAGGAACGAGACAACGAGGCCAAGGCCAGAGGCGAACUCCAGGCACAAGUGGCGUCAAUGAGGGAGGACCUUCGCAUCCUGAAGCGGCAAAACAGCACCCUUGCUCUGGAGAACGGAGACGCCAGGGAGGCCUUGCACAGGGCCAAUACUGAAACGGCAGAGCUUGGCGUGCAUGUCUGCAUGCUGACCGGUCAAAACGAGGAGGCUCAUCUGCGGUGGGAGGAGCUAUCUACAAGACUUCAGGAACUGGAAGAGGAGGCGCAGGAGGAGGCGCAAACUCUUAGCCUCUCGGUGGACGCACUGAGCAAGGAUAACGCCCAGCUCCUGGAGGAUUUGAAAGGAAAGGAGGAGCUGACGAAAGCGAUGCAGGAGCUUCAGGCGAGGCUGGAGGAGGUGCAGGAGGAGGCCAGGAGCCUGCAGGAGGGCGGCCAGAAGGAGAUGGACGCUCUGAGGCUUCAGCUGAGUGAGGAGACCAUACAGCACCAGAACCAGAUAAAGGUUUUGAAUGAGGAGCUGGAGGCAGCGAGAGCUCAGAUAGAAGCCGAGCAGGAGAAGGUGUGCACCCUGGGGACCAAACUGGCAGAGCUUGAGGUUAUUAACUGCAGCUACAGUCAGCUGAUUGAGGAGAAAACCACCUACAUCUCAAACUACGAUUCUCUGCUCCUUCAGAAAGAAGAACAGAUCAACCAUAUCAAAGCCGAUUUGUCCAAAGCUCAGCAAGAAUUCAUCCUGGCUCAGAAAGCCUGUCAGGACCUCAGUGAGAACCUGCGCAGGAUCAUGACGGAGAAGCAGACGUGUGAUCUGAAGACGUCUGCGGAGAUAGAUGAUCUUUACCGCACCAAGAGGAACCUGGAAGAGAGGCUUAUUGAGCUCAUUAGGGAUAAGGAUGCUCUGUGGCAGAAGUCUGACGCUCUGGAGUUUGAGCAGAAGCUGAGAGCCGAGGAGCAGACGGACCGAGAAUUACCCUACUGCCUGAGCUGCCACACGCAGUUCAGCUGGUGGCUGCGCAGACACAGCUGCAAGCUCUGUGGUCGUCCCUUCUGCUACUACUGCUGCAGUAAUACAGUCAGCACCCAGCAGGGCGGCAGCAGAGAGCGUUGCUGCAAGGACUGCUACAUGCAGCACAGCGCAGUGGUUGAGCGCCACCCUCAGGAGGAGCUAGGCAGUCCCGGCCACCCACCCUACAGCCCCCUGGCCUCCACUCCUACGAGAACCAGCAUGCCCAGCGUUACAGUGGCGCUGCAGUCCCCCCGGCCAGACGACGCAGUGUUCGAUAUCAUCACAGACGAGGAAGUGAACUGCAUCUACGACGGAGACUCGCUGCCCUACACCACGGCUCUGACCCCUGGGAGAGCACAGCAAGCCCAGGAUGAGCUGAGCAGUGGCAGUGCCAGUGGUGGUGAUCUGGCAGCAGAAGAGUCACCGGAGGAGCUGCUGACCUCAGUGCAGGACGCCGAGAUCUGCCUGCUCAAAUCUGGAGAGAUUACGCUGUCUGAGACGUUCUCUGUGAAGGACAUUGCUGAGUUUGGAGAGGACUUCAGAGAGCUCUUCAUCAAGUCCAGCUGUUACAGUCUGAUCCCCGUCACUGUGGACCGAGCCGGACCCACCAUCAGCUGGGUCUUCUCUUCCUCACCUAAGAGCAUCUCCUUCAGCGUGGUGUAUCGAGAGAGCACGGAUGCACCGCUAGAGCAGGCCAAGGUUUUGAUCCCAUUAACCAGAUGCAACUCUCAUAAAGAGAGUAUGCAGGGUCAGGUGAAGGCGCGCAAACCUGGGGAAUACUCGCUCAUCUUCGACAACUCCUUCUCCAGGUUCAUCUCGAAGAAAGUGCUCUACAGACUGAGCGUGGAUCAGCCGGUGGUCUACGACGGCAGCGACUGUCCUUAAAACAGGAAGCGUUACAUCACAUACUCACACACACUUACACACUUAAACACCCUUACACACACACCUUAACACACCUUUGCACAGUGUGUGUGUGCUGGAUUGAGAGGGUGCUGGAAGUCUUUGAAGGAGCUCUGUUGACUCUAAUAAUGUUGCGACUCUUAAUGACGUACCUCUCACGCUUAGCCUCUCACAUACUUUCAGGACUUUGAUGUGUGUGUGUGUGUGUGUGUAAGUGUGUGUGUGUCUGUGUGGUUCCUCCUAAAAGCUACGCUCAUCCUGAGAGCAUGAAGCUCUAAAGCUGGAGAGUAUCAGCUGCACACACUCAACACACUCAACUCAGACAUGAGCCAACGCCACAAAUCACUACCACGAGCUUUAACAUUUCAUAUGGCACCAAAUCUGCCCUCAGGAGAGGGUGGAGUGGCGGUAAAGUGGCGGUAAAGUGGCGGUAAAGUGGCGGUAAAGUGGGGUAAAGUGCUGAAACGGUCAAACUGAUGACCUGUAGUGGACUGUGUGGUCAGUAGAGUAGAUUUAGCGUGAUGAAGGGUUUUGAUGAAACACAUGCACUAAAAAUAAUGAGCUUUAUUAUUAUUAUUAUUACUGUGCUGAAUUACAGGGAAAGGGGGUGAUGAAUGAUGAAUGUGGAAUAGUAGCUAUUUUUAGAUACAGUAGUGUUGAUUUAUCAGUUGAUCAUAAACUGAAUUUAUUGAAGAUUUAUUAUUAUGCAUAAUUAUCAAUGCUAAUCAAGACAUAUCUGACAUUCGCUACUGUUUAAAAAGUUUGGAAACUGCAUUUUUAAAUGAACAAAAAAAAAAAAAAACAAGAAAUAUAUAUCAAAUAAAUAAAAUAAAUAUUUAAUAAUAUUUAUUAAAUACAAAUUCAAAGAAGCUUUUUGAAAAAGUGUGUCAAGAAUUAUAAUCAGAGCCAUAGGAAUGCACUGAAUAUUUGGCAACUAAAAAAAAUUAGCCUGUUUUAGGCCCAAUCUGGAUGGGAUUAGUUUCUCAAGGGGUUCUGGGGUAUUUAUUUUUUUCAGGCUUUCAGUUAACAGCUGUGCUGAACUUGUCAAGAGUUAAUUAAACUUGAUUUUUUUUUUGUCUCUUAAUGUGUUGAAGAGCUCUAUUUGAGUAAUGUUCUAAUCUAUAAAUUAUAAGAAGCAAGAACUACUCAACUAAGUAAAGACAAAAUGCUUUAAGAAGAAAUGAAGAUCAGUCAUUCUGCCAUUUAAAAAAUGUCAAAAACGUGUAGUUGGAAAGACCAUUGAAAACAUUGAUAAUGAUGGAACUGGCACUCAUCAGGACUGCCUCAGGAAAGGAAGAGCAAGAGUUUCCUUUCCCAGUCUCCCAGCUUCCCAGAUAAGAGAUACCUAAAUGCUUAUACUAAAUGAGUAUUUUGGUUUGUUUAACACUUUUAAGUUACUACAUGGUUCCUUAUGUGUUCCUUCAUAGUCUUGACUUUAAUAAAAUGCAAAUAAAAUGUAUUUGAUUAAUAUAAGCAGUGGCGAUAAAUUUAGCUAAACAAGUACAAAUAUUUAGAUUUUUUCCCUUUUUUGGACGAAUAAUUUUGGUUGCCAAAUAUUCAGUGCGUUGUCACAAUAUUUAUUUUGAUAUUGUGAUUCUUAAACCUCAUUACUGGCUAAGAAACCCUUCAUGAAACCCUCGGUAAAACCCUUAUGACUAUUUAUUAACUAUUGUUACUGAAUAAAAAAUAAUACAAAAUAAAAAACAAAAUUUUGUUUUUCCUCAAAAUGCUUGCAUUAUUCAUUUGAGUUUAUCUGUUACAUUGUUUUUUUUUUAUAUCAUGCAUACUAAUGUGAACGUAGCAUUUUAUAGUUGUACAGUAUAUAAAAAAACAUAUUCUUAUAAACCAAUAUCACAAAAAAGAUUCCAAACUUUUAAACAGUAGUGUGUGAUUUCUCUACCAGAACUCUAGUAAUGAUGUUUAUACAUAUGAAGUCUAUUCAUAUUAAUAAUGAUUAUAUAAUAAUAAUAGUGUAUUUAAAGAGCUUUACAAUGGUUUUAUAUAUACAUAUAUGAAGGUAUGCAGAAACUGACGUUCCCAGACUUUUUUUUUUUUUUUUUUUUCUCCAGAGUCUCUAAGUGAAAAUUAAUCUAAAAUCUAAAAACUGACCGUUAACAUUAGAACUGAUGUAAGGGUGUAUAUAGUAUAUAUAUUGGAUCUCUACAGAACACACUAUGCGUCUAUGCAUGAGCUUAUUUUUCACAGCACAAAGUUCAAAUCUGUAAAAUAAAUGUACUUUUGUUUGGUUUUUCAGAACCACCUGAAGCCCCUUUAUUUUAAUACUAUAGUAGCAGACAGCACAAAUAUAUUUUACAUUUUAGGUUGUAAGAAAAUGUUUCCUCAGCUUCUACAUCUAUUUAAAGGUUGAUAUAUUUAAAAAAAAACAGGCUCUUUAAUGAUCUAAACAAUGAUCAUGUUUUCCCUAAAAUAAACGCUUUAUUUUAAUAAUACAGUACAAGGCAGCACAAAUAUACCAUCUCAGAUUAUAAAAAAAGGUUCAUAUCUCUAUAUGAAACAUGCUUUUUAUGGAUCUUAAAGUGUUUUUACCAUGGUAUUCCUCAAAGAACCAUCUGAAACCCCCUUAUUUUUUAGAAAUAUAGUGCCAGUUUAGAGGCUGUAGAGGUUCUUUACCAAUAUAAAGGCUCAUAUACCUAUUGGAAUCAUGCUCUUUAUGGAUCCAAAUAUGUUUUACUAUGGUAUCCUUCAAAUAACCAUCUGAAGCCCCUUUAUUUUAAUAAUAUAGCACCAGACAGCACAAAUAUACCAUCUCAGAUGAUCAAAAAAGGUUUUCUCAGCUUGUAUAUUAAUAUAAAGAUUGAUAUAUCUAAUGGAAACAGGCAUUUUAAGGAUCUUAAAGUGUUUUUACUUUGGUAUUCCUCAAAGAACCAUCUGAAGCCCCCUUAUUUUUAGAAAUAUAGUGCCAGUUUAGAGGCUGUGUUCUUUACCAGUAUAAAGGCUCAUAUACCUAUUGGAAACAUGCUCUUUAUGGAUCCAAAGAUAUUUUUACUAUGGUAUCCCUCAAAGAACCAUCUGAAGCCCCUUUAGUUUUAAUAAUAUAGAACCAUACAGCCCAAAUAUUAUAUGUCAGUUUAUGAAAAAGGUUUCCUCAGCUUCUAUACUAAUGUAAAGAUUGAUAUCUCUAAUGGAAACAGGCAUUUUAAGGAUCUUAAAGUGUUUUUACUCAAAGAACCAUCUGAAGCCCCCUUAUUUUUAGAAAUAUAGUGCCAGUUUAGAGGCUGUAGAGGUACCAAUAUAAAGGCUCGUAUACCUUUCGGAAUCAUGCUCUUUAUGGAUCCAAAUAUGUUUUUACUAUGGUAUCCUUCAAAGAACCAUCUGAAGCCCCUUUAUUUUUAAUAAUAUAGCACCAGAUAGCACAAAUAUACCAUCUCAGAUUAUCAAAAACGUUUUUUUUCAGCUGGUAUAUUAAUAUAAAGGUUAAUAACUCAAUAGAAACCAUGUUCUUCAUGGAUCCAGAAGUAUUUUUUUACUAUGGUAUCCCUCAGAGAAACGUCUGAAGCCCCCUUUUAUUUUUAAGAAUAUAGUGCCAGUUAAGAGGUUUCGUUUUUUUUUUUUUUUUUAAACUGUUAUACAGGUUCAUAUCUCUGUUGAAAACAGAGAUGCUUCCGUUCAUUUUUAAUAAUAUAGUACCAGACACCACACAUAUAAUAAAUAUAAUAAUAAGUACUCAGAUUAUGAAAAAAUAAGUUUCCUUAGCCUGUAUACCAAAAAAGGAUGAUUUUUGAUAUUGGAAACAGGCUCUUUAUGGAUCUAAAGGUGUUUUUACUGUGGUAUCCCUCAAAUAACCAUCUGAAUCCCUUUUAUGUUUAAUAAUACAGUACCAGACAGCAAUUUUUUAAUAAAAAAAAAGGUUUUCUUAGCUUGUAUACUAAUAUAUAGGUUUUAUAUCUCUAUCGGAAACAGACUCUUUAUGGAACUAAAGGUGUUUAUACUGUGGAAUCCCUCAAAGAACCAUCUGAAGCCCCUUUAUUUUUAAUAAUAUAGUACAAGGCAUCACAAAUAUACCAUCUUAGUUAAUACAAAAAGGGUUUCCUUAGCUUGUAUACCAAUAUAUUAAGGUUUGAUAUCUUUAUAGGAAACAUACUCUUUAUGGAUCUAAAGGUGUUUAUACUGUGGUAUCCCUCAAAGAACCAUCUGAAGCCCCCUUUAUUUAUAAUAAUAUAGUACCUGGCAGCACAAAUAUACCAUCUCACUUAAUAAAAAAAGGGUUUCCUUAGCUUGUAUACCAAUAUAAAGGUUUGAUAUCGCUUUAGGAAACAUGCUCUUUAUGGAACUAAAGGUGUUUAUACUGUGGAAUCCCUCAAAGAACCAUCUGAAGCCCCUUUAUUUUGAAUAAUAUAGUACCAGACAGCACAAAUAUACCAUCUCACUUAAUAAAAAAAGGGUUUCCUUAGCUUGUAUACCAAUAUAUAGGUUUUAUAUCUCUAUAGGAAACAUGCUCUUUAUGGAUCUAAAGGUGUUUAUACUGUGGUAUCCCUCAAAGAACAAUCUGAAGCCCCUUUAUGUUUAAUAAUACAGUACCAGACAGCACAAAUAUACCAUCUCACUUAAUAAAAAAAGGGUUUCCUUAGCUUGUAUACUAAUAUAAAGGUUUGAUAUCGCUAUAGGAAACAGGCUCUUUAUGGAACUAAAGGUGUUUUUACUGUGGUAUCCCUCAAAGAACCAUCUGAAGCCCUUUUAUGUUUAAUAAUAUAGUACCAGACAGCACAAAUACGGAGAUAAAAUAAAGAGAAGGAAGGUUUCCUCAGGCAUCUCUCAACCAUUACCCAUAUGCUGAGCUGAGAUCUGUAAUUCUAGCAGCAGAAACAGGUCGUAAUAAUAAGCAGCAGACCCAUUUUGCUGGCAGCCUCCAUCUUUUUUUUUAAUACAGCCCGCGAUGCAUUUCUGUUCCGCUGAUGUGGGGCAAAAAAUUUACAAGCAAUAUCUUUUCUUUUUUUUUUUUUUUGCUGCUGGUGUUUCUGCACUCUGUUCCAAUAAGACUCCAUCUGUAACUCUGCGGAACGAAGCAGGCAGAACCCGCUCACAAUAAAAAUGCAACUGCCGUGUUUUUAGCUGAUUCGUAAUGGAUGGGAAUGUUUACUGUGAGGCUCUGAGCUGUUGAACUGUCAGUUUUGCAAAUGUGCACUUUCUGAACGUGUUUUGUUUUCUGUAGAGCUUUUUAUUGUUUUUUUUUAGCAGCAGGCUGUUACAUUCUUGACAGUAAAUAAAGUAACACACUGGAACAACA